AUGGUGAAUCUGUUCGAUUUUGGAACAGUUGGUAGUGGAAAGAAAUUGCUUACUGAAAAACCCCAUUUUGAUGAUGGGUCUAUCAAAAGGUUGCAAAAUCAGAUAGAAGAUAAAGUUGAUGUGAGGAAUGGUAGUGUUGGAGUUAAUGGAACACCGAUGAAGAAGCUUUUAGAGGAGGAAAUGUCGAAAGAAAUGGAGUUUAAGCUCGGUUCGACUAAUUUAGUUGCCAAGUUAAUGGGUCUUGAUUCUUUUCCUCAGACUCAACCAAGUGUUAUUGCUCAGAGGAGUAGCUCCAAUCCUCGGUUAAAGAGGUCGUUAAGUCACGGGGAAUAUAAAGAUGUCUAUGAGAUUUGGCAGAAACCAGGGGAGUUUAGUAAUGGUGUGGAGGGUUUAAGCAAGAAGAAGAUGGAUAUUGUCCGUGAAAAGUUCUUGGAGGCGAAACGGUUGGUGACAGAUGAUAAACUUCGGCAUUCCAAGGAGUUUCAAGAAGCUAUGGAAGUUUUGAGUUCGAACAAGGAGUUGUUCCUCGAGUUUUUGCAGGAAUCGAAUAACUUCUUCUCUCAUCAUCUCCACAGUUUCCAGUCCACAGCACCACCAACACCAGAGAAGUCGAGGCAUAUCACUAUUUUGAAGCCUUCAAAGUCCAUUGAGUCUUCGAGGGACGGAACGAAUAGUGAAAAGGGUCUUCAUUUGUUCAAUUGGCCGGUCGAACAAGAAUGUCCAACGAAGCAAUCAACUCGAAUAGUUGUUCUGAAACCUAGUGGCCAUGUCACAAAGGCUUCAUCAUGUCCAACGUCUCCAAGAGGUUUACCUGUGGAUGAUUUUGAGGACAGAGAGUCAAAAGAUGUAGUUAGAAGAUUGAAGAGACAGAUGCUUAAGGAAGAAACUUUACAUCCUUCUGUCUUCUCCAACGGCUAUAUCGGCGACGAUAGUUCUAUUAACAGAUCUGAAAAUGAUUAUGCAGAUUCCGAAGUCAUGUCACCGGUUUCUAGGCAUUCAUGGGAUUAUAUCAACAAGUUCGAUAGCCCGUUUUCUUCCUCGCCCUUUAGCAGAGCUUUGGGUUCUCCGGAGUCAUCAUCCGUCUGCAGAGAGGCCAAGAAACGGCUUUCUGAAAGAUGGGCAUUGAUGGCAGCAUCCAAUGAGAAUUUGCAGGAGGCCAAAGUUAUACAGAGUAAGGGCUCUAAUAGUACCUUAGGGGAUAUGCUUGCACUUUCAGAUAUAAUGAAAGAUGUUAGAACUGAAGAAGUAGAAGAAGCAAGUGAUAGUAAUGGACAGGAGGGUCGUAGAGUGUCUGGAUCUUGCUUAACCGGUAAUUUCAGUAGAGAAGAAGGCAAUUUAAAGCCUCUUAAAGCCCUCACAAGGUCAAAAUCUCUCCCUGAAUCAUCGACAAGUUUUGGUCGCAAAUCCCCUGAUACCAACAAGGGGAAAUCCAAUGUUCCUGAGGAGCUGACUAAGUCGAAGAGCUUGAAAUGGUCUUUGAAAGGUAAAGUCUCAAACUUUCUUUUCUCAAGGAACAAGAAAGCCAGUAAGGAGAGAUCUGAUGAGGAAUCCCAAGUAGUAAAUCUCGAAAUCUUGGAUUCUCGCUUUAACGAUGAAUUUGAUGCAUCAGUGUCUGCCAGAAGCAUGAAUUCUCGGGAGGGAGGCUUAUCAAUUGCGAAGCCAAUAACUUUCGGAAACUCUAGUGAAUGGCGUGAUGAGCCGAGUCCAAUAUCGGUCUUGGAAACUUCUUUCGAUGAGGAUGAUGGAAUCUUUUUUAAUUCCUCUGUCUUGAACAGAUCAUCAUCUUCUCUUGAACCGGAGAUGAUGUCAAUGAAAUCCAACUUAUUAGGCAAAUCACCGCCCAUAGGAUCCCUUGGUCGAACCUUUUCAUUAGACGACUCAACGGUAGCUAGGUGCUACUCAUCUAAACGCUCUACCACUUCAGUAGACCCAAGAAAUGAAGAAGAAGACUUGCGGCUCCUUAUCAACACACUCUUAUCAGCAGCUAAUCUCGAUGAAAGGUCAUCCUCGUCAUCAAUCUCAGACAAUCUGUUUUCUAAAUGGCAUUCCGCAGAAAGCCCUUUAGACCCAUCUUUGAGAAACAACUACGCAGACUCAAUGGAACAGCGAAGACUCGGAUCAAAUGUGAAGAAGCUAGUGUUUGACCUCGUCAACACACUGCUCUUGGAGCUAACACCGAGCUAUCUUGGAUCUCGUAGUCCCAUGGUUCUCUCUGGUGACAAAUUGAGGGUUUAUUUGAUAAACCGGAUGCAAGAAUGUUUAACCGGUAAAGGAAGAGUGGAAGAUCGGUGGUGGGAUGAAGACGGAGACCUGAGCAGUUUGGCCGUGAAUAAAGUGGUGAGGGUUGAAGUGGCAGAGAUUGGUUCGCCGGAGUGUUUGAGAUUGGAAAUGGAUUCCAUGGGAGAAGAAUUAGAGUUGAAGUUGCUGGAGGAGUUAGUAGAGGAAGCUCUGAUGGAUUUGUCAGAAGAACCCAAACUACUCAUUCCAAGUAUCUGUUAA